GGGAUUGACCCUCUGCGGCCACCGUGCCUCGGUUUCCCUGCGCGGGGAGGGGGGGGGGGAGAGAGCGGCGGCGCCAUGGCUGACGCGGCGGUAGCCGCCGCGACCCUCUCCGAGUCCGGCUGGUACCUGUCAGAUGAAGGGAUCGACGCUUGCACAAACUCAUCUGAAAGAGUCAACAUCAACGAUAUUAUCCUGAUCGCACUUAAUACAGACUUGAGAGCCAUUGGCAAGAAAUUUCUCCCCAGUGACAUCAAUGGCGGAAAAGUAGAAAAGCUAGAAGGCCCCUGUGUUCUGCAGAUUCAAAAAAUCCGCAAUGUAGCUGCGCCGAAGGACAAUGAAGAAUCUUCGGUGGCUCCCAGAAUGCUGCGUUUGCAGAUGACCGAUGGGCACACAAGCUGCACGGCGAUAGAAUAUACUUACAUGUCAAAAAUAAGUCUGAACACACCGCCUGGAACAAAAAUUAAGCUGCUGGGAGUCGUGGAAGUGAAAAAUGGCUUUCUUCUUCUGGACGACAGCAACACGGUGGUUCUUGGGGGUGAAGUGGAACAUCUGAUAGAAAAAUGGGAGUUGCAAAGGAGUUUAUCGAAGCACAACCGAAGCAACAUAGGAACAGAAGGAGGGCCUCCUCCCUUUCUCCCUUUUGGACAGAGAUGCGUAUCUCAGCUUCAAGUGGACAGCAAGGAAUUGGACCGCCGAAAAACCCUGCAGGUGACCAACGUGGCCAAACCGAUGGGCGACAAUGAUGAAUUUGAAAAACAGCGGACGGCUGCUAUUGCUGAAGUUGCGAAAAGCAAGGAGACCAAGACUUUUGGAGGCGGUGGAAGUAAUACGAGAAGCAACCUCAGUUUGAAUGCAGGAGGGAAUCGAAGCAGAGACGUAUUCCAGAAAGAGAAGGCGAAGCCUGAAGGAAAAAAUGAAGGUGUCUAUCGUGAAUUGGUUGAUGAAAAGGCUCUCAAACACAUCACAGAAAUGGGCUUUAGCAAGGAAGCCGCCCGGCAGGCACUCAUGGAUAAUAGCAACAACCUUGAAGCUUCAUUAAAUUUCCUUCUCAACAGCAAUAAACAAGCCACCACUCAAGGACCAGCUGCUAGAGGAAAAGGAAAAGGGAGAGGCCGAAUAAGACCUGAAGAUGAGGAAGAACUUGGGAACGCCAGGCCUUCAGCUCCAAGCACUUUGUUUGACUUUCUCGAGUCAAAAAUGGGUACUCUCACAGUAGAAGAACCAAAGGCCCAGGUAGCACUGCAGCAUCACGGACACCAGAGAGUGCCCAACGCUGAGCAGAACGGCGUGAAAAUUCAUAACCAUCCAAGAUACGUUUCUCGAAAUGAACCCCGGCAGCCAAGGAACGAGAAGCCGCCGCGCUUUCAAAGAGACAGUCAGAACCCGAGACACAACACGGAAGGCAGCGGAUUGCCAAGAACCAGGCCUUCCGAAAGGCAGAAUUCCCUGGGCCCCGAUCAGUGGACUGAAGAGAAAAACAAGUGUGAUAGACUUUACCCUCGGAAAGAUUUUGGAUACCCUACGACCGGUCAUUCAGCGGACCUUCCUUUCAAGAGGAGGGAGACUCCCAUGCAAAACCGGACGGGGAAAAUCGGGUCGCUGGUGGAAAUGAAAGAGAACUCUUCCGGCCAUGAGCCAAACAACAGCAAUACCCAGAAACAAGCAAGUCAGAUGCAUCACCCCAACAAUUUCUGUGAUAGGAAAACGUUGAUCCUCGCGAAUGAGUCUUUUACUGGCUUAAAAAACGAGCAGCCAUUCAGCAUGGCUGUAGACUACCCGAAUCCGGUGAGAACUGAUCCCUUUUGUUCCGUACCAAACGGCGAUUUGGAACAUUUCCCCAAAGGGAGGCGGGUCGGACCUAUCAAAAUGCCUCCCCAAAACAUGGCCAUGCCCUUCGAUGUCAAAAUGUACUAUGAUUCUGGUCCCAAAAAGCGAUCUGGUCCCAUCAAGCCGGAAAAAACAUUGGAGCCGCAUGUUUCGGGAGAAUACGGGAAAAGUUGGCAACCGGGGGAUGAGUGUUUCGCUCUUUACUGGGAAGACAACAAGUUUUACCGGGCAGAAAUCGAAGCUCUCCAUUCUUCUGGGACAACUGCUGUUGUUAAAUUUUGUGACUAUGGCAACUAUGAAGAAGUGUUAUUAUGCAACAUCAGGCCCGUUCAAGCUGACACCUGGGAGGAGGAAGAAAUGACGUAUGAGCAAACUUUAGAAUUUCGCAGAGGGGGUGAUGGGCAACCCAGGCGCUCAACACGACCAACUCAACAGUUUUACCAACCUCCAAGAGCUAGAAAUUGAUCAAAGAUAUUCAUUGUGGUGAGAUCGUGCUGCAUUUCUUCACGCCCGAAGGACAACAUUUUCGAAAGAUCCAGACGGGGAGUAUAGAAAACUACCCACCAAUGACUUUUUUUUUAAGUUAAUGCUGUGAAGCUAAAAUUUUUACAUAUAUAUUAAAAAAAAAAAAACCUUGUUAAUAUUGACAUCAAUAAAAGCCACCAUGCUCAG